CCCCGCCGCGGUGGGUUAGGCGGGUUAGUGCGGGGUUUGUGCGGGCAUUAGUGGGUGAUGGACGCCGCCGGCGCUGCGGUCACGGCAGCCGCGGCUACAUGCUAACCUGAGCCAGCCGCACGGGCUGCUUUUAUUCAUUAGAGGCGAAUUUAAAGGGAAGAACAAGAAGGAGAAAAAAAACGCCCUUUUCACCCCUCUGUGGUUGUGACUAUUGACAGUAAUCCCCGGGGCUCGGACCCGCCAGGGGGGCAGAGAGGUGGACAGAUUGCGCCAGCUGCUUGAGGAUUAGAUCAUAUCAAGGCAGACCACAUCAAAGCGGAUGAAACUAGGUCAAGCUGAAUCAAACCAAACCGAGACCACAUCAAAACGGAGCAGACCAGGCUGAUCCGGACGAUACCAGGCCAGUCCAACAGGCCUGAUCCAGUUUCCUAUCCAGUUGAGGGCUCAAGAGUGGAUGGAAGGAGAUGAUUUUAACACAGAGGCUGUGAUGAACAUCUGUAAUGACCUGAUGGCAGACCAACGGAUGGACAUCUCGUCUACAAUGACUGACUUCAUGUCCCCCGGCUCCACUGACCUCAUCUCCAGCUCCAUCAGCACCCCUGGCAUGGACUACACCCGCAAGAGGAAGGGCAGCACCACUGACUACCAAAUUGAUGGCUUCUCAUUUGAUGACAUGGACCCAGAUAAAGAUAAACUGGGCAGUGACCAACAGGGCAGGAUUAAGAAUGCCAGAGAGGCUCACAGCCAGAUCGAGAAGCGUCGCAGGGACAAGAUGAACAGCUUCAUCGACGAGCUGGCAUCGCUGGUUCCCACCUGUAACGCCAUGUCCCGCAAGCUGGACAAGCUCACGGUCCUGCGCAUGGCUGUCCAGCACAUGAAGACACUCAGAGGUGCGGCCAACCCGUACACAGAGGCAAACUACAAGCCUUCCUUCCUCUCAGAUGAUGAGCUGAAGCAUUUGAUAUUAAGGGCUUCUGAUGGCUUCCUGUUCGUGGUUGGGUGCGACCGUGGCAAGAUCCUCUUUGUUUCUGAAUCCGUGUACAAGAUUCUCAAUUACACACAGAAUGAUCUGAUAGGUCAAAGCCUGUUUGACUACCUUCAUCCCAAGGACAUCGCAAAGGUCAAGGAGCAACUGUCGUCCUCGGAUACAGCCCCCAGAGAGAGGCUCAUCGACGCUAAAACCGGUCUUCCAGUGAAGACGGACAUCACCCCGGGUCCAUCGCGUCUCUGUUCCGGAGCCAGGCGGUCAUUUUUCUGUCGGAUGAAGUGCAACAGACCGUCUGUCAAAGUGGAGGACAAAGACUUCCCUUCUACUUGCUCUAAGAAGAAAGCUGAUCGGAAGAGCUUCUGCACCAUCCACAGCACGGGCUACCUGAAGAGCUGGCCGCCCACUAAGAUGGGGCUGGACGAGGACAACGAGCCGGACAACGAGGGCUGCAACCUGAGCUGCCUGGUGGCCAUCGGCCGCCUGCACCCCCACAUCGUCCCCCAGCCCAGCGUGGCAGACAUCAGGGUGAAGCCCACCGAGUACGUCUCCCGGCACGCCAUCGACGGCAAGUUCGUCUUCGUCGACCAGAGAGCCACGGCCAUCCUAGCGUACCUGCCCCAAGAGCUGCUUGGAACCUCUUUUUACGAGUAUUUCCACCAGGAUGACAUCAGCCAUCUGGCAGAAUGUCACCGACAAGUGCUGCAGAUGAGAGAGAAGAUCAACACCAACUGUUACAAAUUCAAAAUCAAAGACGGUUCCUUUAUUACGUUGAGGAGCAGAUGGUUCAGCUUUAUGAACCCCUGGACCAAGGAGGUGGAGUACAUCGUCUCUACCAACACUGUUGUCUCGUGUCCUAUGAUGGAAGGAUCAGAUUACCCUCAGUCUGCUGUCUCUCCACAGAGUAUGGACAGUUGUCUUACCUCAGAAGGUGGCGGCAGGCGAGCGCUGCAGACUGUACCUGGCAUCCCCGGUGGCACGAGAGCAGGAGCUGGGAAGAUUGGACGUAUGAUAGCAGAGGAAGUGAUGGAGAUCCAGAGGAUCCGAGGCUCGUCUCCCUCCAGCUGUGGUUCCAGUCCUCUAAAUAUUACCAGCACCCCUCCGCCUGACUCCUGCUCCCCGGGGGGCAAGAAGAUUCAGAACGGUGGGACCCCCGAUUUGCCGAGCACAGGGAUCAUUCCUGGACCUGAUUCUGUCGGCUACCCCUACUCCAACCAGUCCAUCAUGAGUGAUAACUCCCACCUGAGCAUAGACAUCAUGGACGAGCCCGGCUCCAGCAGCCCCAGCAACGACGAGGCGGCCAUGGCGGUCAUCAUGUCCCUGCUGGAGGCGGACGCCGGCCUGGGCGGCCCCGUCGACUUCAGCGACCUGCCCUGGCCUUUGUGAGACGGCUGGAAGGGAAGAACCAGAGCCACCGAUGGAGUGUUCGGACUGAAUUCUGGCUGCCAAGUUUCCUGCCCUCUGUACACAACUACACUGCAGAAAUGCCCGUCUCACCAAGCGAGUAUUUUAACUGAGAAAAUCUUGUAGAUACUAAAGAUUUUUACUUACACGACAAAAGAGGUUUAGAUGUUGUUUCCAGUUCACGCUGGAAGGCUUUUAAGAUUUCACUCCUACUUUUUGAGUCAUCGUUCUUCGUAGGAGGACCUACAGAGUUUCCCUGAGGGGAAAUGUUAGGAAUUUUAAAGAGUUCCCACUCCAAAAAGAUGUAUUAUUUUUACACUGCUGGUUGCCUGCAGAUCAGGCGCUCCCUGCCAGAGAGACUCGGCAAAUGGAAACAAAACGUUGCAGAAUUGUGGUGCUAACAUGUCUUCGCUGCUUCACUGGCUGACUUGAGUCGGGCAGUGGCUCUGGACCCCCGCUGUUGCCGUGGCGACAGCCAGCCCCAAACCAACACAGGACUUCUGAGAUACUCCCGGACAGUGGUGGAAGUGUGAUGUGGGGAGCGUUUGGUGUCCGUCUGCAGCGGCCUCGGCGCCCUCUCGAGGUCGGGCCUCCUCGUAGCCGACAGAAGGCUCGGGCCUCAACCCUGUUAGCCCGCUGCAAGUCAACACACAUCCUCAGCUUCAAGGACCAUCGCUGACAAAACAAUCACAAUUGGAUGUUUUUCACGUAUUUAAAUGCAUUCAAAACCUUGAAAAGAAAGAAAUAUUUUUAGAAAAAGCCACUCAGCUUCUGUUUCCUCAUCCAACACGAGUAUCAAUGACUUUUGCCCCAAGCUGCUCUGGAGGUCGGCCGCAUGGCGUCGUAGCUUUCUUUGGGAGUAAGUGAUAUAAAGCCACCAUCAUAUUACUUCAGGGCUCUUCACAAGUCCAAAAUUAUAACAUGUGUCUGAUAUUACAGUGUAGUUUUAUUAUCAGUGUAAUCUGAUUGGUAAAUAAUGUUAAAAUAAACUCAGAAUGAAGUUUAAGAUGAUGAGAACUGAUCUAAAAUGUGGCCAUUUGAAUCUGAGCCAAACUGCCUGAACAGAGGCAGAAGAUGAUGUGAAACUAGUUAAAAAAUAAGAAUAAUAAAAAUGAAGAAGUAAAUAUUAGCAGUUGAGAUCAUAUCCUGCUCCUCACUGAGGAAAAUGACUUCCUGCAUGUGAAUUGCACUAUUAAGUUAAUUAUCUGUCCCCGGUUAAAUUCAGUUCCAUUCAAUUAUGUGUGUACUGUGUAUAAACAGUAUAAUCUGUAAUACAAUACAAAUUGUAUCUAGGUUGUUAUCGGUGACCCAGAACAUGACCCCUGAGUAAAUAUUAAAAGAAACAAUGACAAGUGAAAAAAACUCCCCCAGCAGGAGAAAAUCCCUUUUUAAAUGAAACGGUGGCAAGGAAAAACUCAGCUUAAAUAAAUAAAUAGAGUAAAUAAUAAUUGGAGCCCAGCUUUCACCCAGAGCAGCUGGGGGAAAAACUGUGAUUGGUCUCACAGUUCGUUUUUUAAAAAUGGGGGGAAAAACUCCACUUAGGUGACAGUUGAGAUGCAACAGAUCACCACCGAUGAGGCUUCAGGUUUAGUUCUGGGUGGACUUGUGAAGACCCACCGCCUCGUUCCCUCCUGCGUGUGUUGACGGCGGCGACGAGGAGCCGCCUUCACGGGGAGAACGAGGCCGCGGGGACUCGGGCGGGAGCUUCAUUUCAGCCUGCAGGUGUGUGUUCGCUUGUAGCCGAGCGGCUCAGAUAUUUUCCCGUCUCAGAAAGGAGCAGUUGGACUCUUAAAGUGCUCUUCUAUGAGAACAUGUCUUCACUGCCAUUUUACUGAGGACUGCUUUCUCCAGGCAAACACUUCCGAGCUCCGGCUCGGUGCAACAACAAACCUACGCUUCUGGGUCACAGGGUCUCCACCUGCUCUCCUCCUUUUAUAACAUGCUGUUGCUCACUAAAACCGGAUUUCUCUGAUGGAUCACCUUUUGGAUACACAAAAGCCCCUGAGAAAGUAGUUUUGUUUUUGCCUUUUUAGCAAUUCCUUGGCUUGUAUUUACUCUCUUUUUAAAACAAAACAAAAUGCCCCCCCUAUGACUUGUAAUGGAUAGCAAUUAGAGAAACUAAAAAAAUCUUGAGUAACUUACUAAAGAAAUUUGUGUUACAUUGAUUUAGAAAAUAAAGUGCAGUUUCCUUUUGAGAUUGAUGAGUUUAGCGCUUAUUAGACAUAGGUGUACUACGACUACUUGAAGCUGUCCGUGCAGUGCAGAGGGCUAGAAUGCAGCGCAGGAGCAAGUAUUUAGAGAUGGUCUUGGUAAAGGGGGGUAAGCAAAGCACCGUUCUCUGAUGGGGGGGUCGGGAGAGACGGCCAGCCCGGAGCGUCUGAGGGAAAGUCUUUCCUCCAUGAUGGUGAAUAUUCUCAACACCGGUUCACCUCGCCAGCAGUCUGCUGCUCAAUCUAAGUUUGGUCUGAUUGUAGGAGGAUGUUGAGGAAAAAGCUUGAUGCUCAUGGACACUACGGAAGAGGGGGGGAGGGGGCAGUCCCGCUACCUGCCUGCCGGUGUGGAAAGAAAGAAAUGUGGCUUAAAUGAUAUACUGAAAGAAUAUCACUAAAUGCUUUUGAUAUGUCGUCUCAAAGUAAAGCGUCAGGUUGUGUUAAAGGUACGUUGUUGCUGUGACGGAUUAGUGAACGCCGGAUUAUACCUGCAAUGCAUUUUGAAAACGUGGAUGUCUUAUUUAUAAUACAGGAACACCUUUUUAUAUAUUUCCUUAAAUCUGCUUGUGUUGAGCUUUCUUGUAUAACGGUUUUAUACUCGCAGGUAGAACAAAAAUACACCUUUUAAUUCAUUCUGAACACAGAUCCAUGACGGGGUACGCAAGAUUUACUGUUACAGCAAUAUGGUUACGUACUCCUUCAAGAUUUGGGGAAAAUCCUUUUUACCUUAAACGUAGGAUAACACCUUUUUAAAUGACCUGUGAAUAUAAAAAAUACAUUUAAUUAUUCAAAUUAAAUGAUCGAUUAUUAGUAAAAACUGAAUUGUGCAAAGACAUAAUCACAUUAUUCUGUCUGAAUCUGCUCUCCCUGUGGUUAAUUCAGUAGCUCAGCUGCAACGAUCCAUCUUUAAUAAAACCCUGAUGACUUGUGACUCCGAUCUAAUCAUAAUGAAGCACAUUUUCUUUCCACGCGAGCAGAAGGUUUUGACUUCUGUUGCAUCAAGCAGUUGGGACUUUAGCGUGACUCCAGCUCAGGGGGAAGAGAAGUGAAAAAGCUGUACCGGUUCCAGGUCCAGGAACCGCCUGCACAUCCUCCUCCAAUCAGGCCGCAGGCUGGCGAGGUCCUGUCUGUAUCUAGUGUUUUAUUUUUUAUUUUUUUGUUUUUGUUUCAUUGUUUUUACAGCACACACUACAAUAAAGUGUUGCCCUUGUUGAUAUACCCUCCCCUCCUGACAAUAAUGUAUCAAAUCUAUAAAUAUUAUCAUGUUAAGAGUAUACUUUAUGCAAAUAUAUAUGAGUAUGAUGAGUGUAUUGUAUGUAUCGGCAGUGAAAUAUUUUUAAAAUACAUUUGUUUCUGUCAUA